AUGGGCCGAGCGUUUUUAGAUUCAUGUUCGCAAGUGAAUUUCAUUACCGAUUCUCUGGCACGGGCUCUAAAUUUAAAAAGGUCGAGAUCUGAAGUGGAUAUCGUUGGUGUUGGUUCUUCUGUGCUGAAAAUUCAACAUAAUACGCAAACUACAAUCCGAUCACGGAUAACCGAGUUUGAAACAUCACUAGAUUUUCUCAUUUCAAAGAACAUUAGUAGCUAUCAUCCAGAUAAAGCAUUUUCGUUGAAAGAUUUAAAUAUUCCAUUACAUAUGGAACUUGCAGAUCCAGAAUUUAAUGUCCCUAAAGGUAUUGAUAUGUUACUUGGAGCAGAAGCUUUCUUUUUGUUGUUAACGCAAGGUCGAAUGUCUUUGGGUAAAAACUUGCCAAUUUUACAAAAUACUGAAUUUGGUUGGAUUGUGUCCGGAAGGUUGCGUUACGUCGAUUUUAUGCUUUGGAAAAAAAAGCUUGAAAAGAAUAUUCAGCUCAAAAAAGAAUAUUCAGAAUUCAUGAAAGAAUACGAAGAAUUGGGACACAUGUCAUUGAUUCAUAGUCCAAAUUUAUCAACACCUCAGUAUUAUAUUCCGCAUUAUUGCGUGCUGAAGUCAAGUAGUGAAUCAACUAAGUUACGCGUGGUGUUCGAUGCUUCUUUCAAAACGGCAUCACAGAUCUCACUAAAUGACAUCCUUGCAGUGGGUCCUACCAUACAAAAUGAAUUACUCAUUAAUCUGCUACGUUUUCGUUACCAUAAAUAUGGACUUAUGGCGGACAUAACGAAAAUGUAUCGUCAGAUUAUGGUACAUCAUCAGGAUAGGAAUUAUCAGUUAAUUUUCUGGCGCAGUGACAAGUCGUUACCCGUAUCAACAUACAUGUUAAAUACAGUGACUUACGGAACUGCUGUUGCCCCAUUUCUAGCUAUACGUAGUUUAUCCUAUGCAGUCGAUACAUUUCCUGGUAAUCAUGAGCUUGAAAAAAAAAUAAUAAAAGAAGAUUUUUAUGUUGAUGAUAUGUUAACAAGGGCUGAUGAUUUACUUCACCUUCAACAAAUUAAAUAUGAAGUUACUGACAUACUUCAAUACUUUCAAAUGCCGUUAUCUAAAUGGCAUAGUAAUCACCCUGAUUUAAAUUGUUCUGCAGCGUGCUCCAUCACUACCAAUAGUGAUCUAACUAGUGCACUUGGUGUAAUUUGGUGUCCAAUUGAUGAUUAUUUUACGUUCAAUUUUAAAUUGAAUGAUUCUUCAAAUACCGUUUUCAAGCGAUCAAUCUUAUCUACAGUCGCAGCAUUGUUUGAUCCAAUGGAGUUGAUUAGUCCGAUUAUUAUAAAGGCUAAGAUACUUCUUCAGAAACUGUGGAUCUUGAAGUAUGAUUGGGAUGACGCAGUACCUGACACAAUUUCACAGGCUUGGAGAGAAAUUAUCAUCAAUUUUGAACAAAUAUCUACUUUCAAAAUUCCUCGUUUUGCUUUAAUAGUAGCAGAAAUACAAGAAUUGACUAAUGACUUUGAAUGGAGAUAUAUUCCAUCAGAAUUAAACUCAGCAGAUCUAGCAUCUCGUGGAUGUUCUACGCGAGAUUUAGUUAAGUCCCAAUGGCUAACGGGACCAUCGUUCCUCAACAGUUCAAAAAUUGAUUGGCCUUUAGAAUUUACUUCGUUUUCAUUGACUGACGAAGAAGUCAAUUUAGAAAGAAAAAAAACGGCAUUAAUAAUUGAAAAUAAACCCGUACCAUACGUUUUGCUUAAAAUAAACAAUAUUAGUAAUUACUUAACAUGUUUAAGAGUGGGUCAUGGUAAAGGUAAUUUAGCCACAUUAGCGCCAUUCAUUGAUAAAAGCGGAGAUUGUUUCUUAUUACGUGUAGGAGGUCGUCUAACAAAUGCUGAUACACCAGAAACAUUUAAACAUCAAUUGUUGUUACCAAAGGAUGAACCAUUUGUUCGAAAUCUGGUAAUGUACCUUCAUCGAGUUAAUUAUGUUGGCCCUCGUGCAUUAGUUGCAACUAUUCAACAACGUUUUUGGAUAAUAAAUUGCAAAUCAUUAGCAACUUCAGUUAUAAAAAAAUGUGUCCAUUGCGCACGAUAUAAAGCCAAAUUAAUCAAUCAAAUAAUGGCACCUUUACCAAAGGAAAGGGUUACACCAAGUAGACCUUUCACAGUGACAGGCGUCGAUUUUGCUGGGCCUAUUUUUACAUAUUUAAAAAUUCGUGGUAAAGCACCGUAUAAAUCAUACAUUGCGGUUUUCAUUUGUUUUGCUACUAAAGCAGUUCACUUAGAGGUAGUCACUGAUUUAACCAGUGAUGCAAUCAUUGCCGCGCUAAAGAGAUUUGUGGGACGACGAGGUCUGCCAAGGAUAAUACAUUGUUACAACGCGUCAAAUUCUGUUGGUGCUGAAAUAAAAUUAAAAGAGCUUCGACAUCAGUUUCAUCAAGAUUCCAUGAAGAAUACAAUUAUAUCUCACUGUGCAAAUGAAGGAAUAGAAUUUUCAUUUAUUCCUCCUCGCGCCCCACAUUUUGGGGGUCUUUGGGAGGCUGCUGUAAAAACUGCCAAAGGCCAUCUCUAUCGCACAUUAUCUAUUGCUCAUCUUACGUUCGAAGAACUUACAGCAUCAUUAGUCGAGAUUGAAUCAAUCAUGGCUUCUCGACCGCUCACAGCAACUUCAACAAACCCCAAUGACUUCGAAUCUCUGACGCCUACGCAUUUUUUGAUUGGCACGUCAUUACAAGGUAUUUCUGAGCCGUUUUUAAAGAACGAAAACAUUGCACAUGCCCAACGCUGGCAACGAAUAUCAGCAGCAAAAACACACUUUUGGAAAAGAUGGCAGUGCGAAUAUUUAGCAGACUUGCAGAACCGAUAUCGUUGGAAAUAUGAUCAAGAUAACGUUGCAGUUGGCAACUUGGUUAUCAUUUAUGACGAGCACGCUCCUCCGAUGAAAUGGUUAAUGGGUCGUAUUGUGAGUGUGAAAACAGGCGCUGACGGACGUGUUCGCGUUGCUGAUGUACAAACACCAACAACAGUUUUACGACGCCCUGUUGCUAAGUUGGCACUUCUUCCAAUUAAUUGA